UUGAUAAGUGAUAAAUGAUAACUCGUCGUUAACCAGUAGUUUCCUCAGUUUCCUGUCUUCCUGAUAUUCGUUAUUCCAGUAGACCGUUUUAUAAGUUUUUAACGUUGUUUCAGCAGCUGACGAAGUGACAAGACGACUGACAACAGUCAACGGCAGUUGAUGAGGAAAUUACUAGUUAGAUAUCACAAUGGAUCAGAACGUAGAAGAAAUUCAACAGAACUUAUUAAAAUUUGGUUGUUGUCGAGUAUGUGCAGUUAGACACUUAACAAAACCUUCUGCUAUUAAUGUUAAAACAUUAAUUUCUGCAUCAGAACAGGAUCAUGAUGAACCAAAACGUCUAAAAGAAAAUCCUUGCAUAGCAUGUUUGGGAUUAUUUCAAAAUCCACAAAAAGAUGAUAUUAUUAAUAAAAUAAUUUCUUAUCUAAAAACAUCUAAAUAUGAUUCGGACACAUUUAAUUUAGCGUUUAAUUUGCCCAUGUGUACUAUUAUUCGUGGGCAUUCAAUAGCAUUAUAUGUAUCAAAAUUGAGAAUAACCUUCAAUCCAACGUUUCCUACAGCAUUUGUUUGUGCCAAAGACGCUUGGAAACUAAUGGCUGAGGAUGCUAUCGUAAAAGCCACUGGUAAACGUUUUGAUGUACAUUCACCAUUGCUAGUUACUGUAGGUUUUCAUUAUAAAGAUAUAAAAGACGAAUGUGAUUGUUUAAAUGCAAUUAUAAAAUUAAGUAACAAAAAUUUACAAAAUAUUUUAUCUCAGAUGGAUAACAAAGAUUUUGUUAGUCAAUAUGGUGAAAUGCCAUCAGUACCAGAAUCAGUAAUAGAAUUCAAAAGUGUAGAUGCUAGACAUGAAAGUGUAUAUAUUGCUGGUCGUUAUAAUAAGUGGUCUAGGACUCUUUCUCAAACACCUUGGAUAGUAGACCAAGAAAGAAGGCUAGAGAGUUCAGUUGAAGAAAUAAUAUCUGAUCCAAUAAAAAAACGUGCAUUAGCCGAUGAAUUCAAAUUUUCGGCAUCUGGUAGAGAAGACAUAGAUGUCAGAAUGUUAGGAAGAGGAAGGCCGUUUGCCAUCGAAUUAGUCAAUCCAAAACAAACUAAAUUCAGCUACGAAGUAUUAAGGGAAAUUGAAAAUGAAAUAAACACUGAUCCACAAGUGACUGUAACACACUUGCAAAAUGUAGUUAGAGAACAAUUAAAAGAAUUAAAAUCUGGCGAAGAAUUUAAAAUCAAAGUAUAUAAGGCUCUUUGUUACGUUGAAGGUGAGUUACCAGAUUUGGAAAAACUCAAUAACUGUGCCCCUCUAGAAAUUUUACAGUACACGCCAAUCCGAGUAUUGCAUAGAAGAGCUAAUAUGGUCAGGCCUAGAACUAUACACUCGAUGAAAGCUGUAGCAACCAAAGUCGGUAUUGAUAAUGGUUGUUCAUUUUUCAAUGUAAUUUUGUCCACUCAGGCUGGUACAUAUGUAAAAGAAUUUGUCCAUGGAGACUUUGGACGUACAAAUCCUUGUCUCAGGACAGUUUUUGAAAACGAUACAGUUGAUAUAUUGGCUUUAGAUGUUUUAGAUAUUGAAAUUGAUUGGCCUACACCUGUAAAGUAUUAAUUUAUUAGUUACUACUAUCAUAGUUUACUAUCAAUACACAGAAUAGGAUAAAUUUAACCUAUUCUGUAAUUGAUAUUCUGUACUGAAAACAUUUUUAUAUAUUUAAAAAAUCUAUUAAUAUAAAGAUCAUUAAAUGAUUAUGUUGAAUAUUAAUAUUAUAAAAUAUAAAUAAACAUGUGAUGUCUUAGAGAAAAUAAACUAUGAUUAAACUUCCUUA